UAGUCCGAAUAAUCAUGGAUGUUGACUGCACGGUAGUUGGUUUAAAACGAUCUAGUAGUGCACCCAUGAUCAAUAAGAUCACUGCAACAAUGUCUGUAACAUCACCUUCUGCUUCUACACCAAGGGAUGUUCCAUCAACUUUUAACAUAUUUUCAAAUUUACCUCGGACACGACGCUUCAGCACUAGUAGUUCUGGAACUCUUCCCAGGCUAACUCCACGGAUAAGUCAGUUGAGACAAGAAGAAUGUAUUGAUGUUGCUGGUCGUGAAGCAGCACAUGAAAAAGAAAUACACAGUGCCAUACAAAUCUCUCAGUCAUGGGAAGAUCUUACAAUAGAAGCAGAAGGACUAUCCUUUAAAGAUUCUGAAUCAGCUUCAUUACAGUUUAAAAUAGAGUCACGACCAAUUCCAAAACGAGUCCUAGAUCCAUUAAGUAUAAACUUAUCUGUAAGUGGUUCAACUCUGUAUUCCUCGCCAUCGCCUACGAGAACUGGUUUUGGUCAGAGACAGUGUUAUUCACCCAGUGUUCAUGCAGUCACUUGGAAAAAUAAUUUAUCACCUAGUCCCACCAGAAAAGCUUUUGCUACAAGGCGAAGUUUAAGUCCUAUUGCAAUACGGCCGAGUUGUUUAGCUUCGGUGAAGAGAAAAUUCGAAUUAGACGAUUCUGGAAUGGAUCAGCAGUUACAACCUCCAGUAAAACGUACAUCCGGUUUGUUAACUUCUGCUACAUCUAGGUUGGAUGUGGCAAUAUCUAGUCUACAUCCAGGAACUGUUAGUUCAGUUGGAACUCCAGAAUCUUGUUCCAGUCUUGAUUCUUCUGGUUUUUCUUUUCGACCUGUACACAGCCCAUCCUCUGGUCCAGGUAUUAUUUCUAUCGUUAACGACGAUCCUUCUUCCUCUUCAUCUUCUUCUUCGUCUUCCUCAUCUUCUAUCACAUUCUCUUCCUCUACCUCUACCUCCUCCUCUUCUAUCACCUCUUCUUCUAUCGCUUCUUCCUUGGAAGGAUCAAAUGUACAGGUUCAAAACUUCGAAGAAAUACAAAAUAAACAAAUUAUACGAAAAAACUACAAAUAAAUGGAAGCAUAUUAACAAGUUCUUCAGGAGUAAUAUGUAUCAUUACAAUAAUGAACUUAUUCUUGUGAACAGUAAAAAAUGAUCGUUAUAGUGACCAAUUGUAUGUACUGAAUUUAUCCAUGGCUAUUUUUUUUUUUUCAUAUUUAAUGUUUACCUGCAUUCUGGUCAUUUCUAGUUACUAAUUUACGUAUCGAGAAAAUUAUCCAAAUAUAUAUCAGAUACAUCAUACAUGAUGCUUUCAGUUUUAUUAAGAUGCUUAUAAAUAUCAAUUAUCAAAUGAAAACAAGAUACGUGUACAAAAAUAUAUAUAAAUAUAAUAUAAAGCAGUUCUAAGACCAAAGCGAAUUAUUUAGGAAAUUAUACGUGCUUCCUACUUUUAAGACUGAAUUCCGCGUUUUAUAUUACAUCGAAUUCAAAGAUUCUUUACAUGGAAAAGGGUAUGAAUACAUGACGUUACCUAUUUUAAUUCAA